AUGAACUCGCAAAGUAUCAAUAAUCACUUGAACCAAUUGCGCGAGAGCAAAACGGAGUUGGGCGAGAAAACCGCGGUCGAGUACCUCAAGAUCCUCAAGAAGAACCUCAGCGGGACGGACUCGCAGGAGCUCUCUAACUCGAUCUACUUAUUAGGCAAACUCUUGGAAAACACGUUGCCACCGACGCCGCAGCUCAUCUCGUUGUUUGACGACAAGUUCGACGUGCUCGUAAACCAUGCGCUGACCAAGACGGACAAGAUCAAAAAGUCGAUCAAUAUUAUCUGCCUCACGGCAGCUCAGGUGUUUAUCCAAUCGGUGGGCAGCGACGCCAAAGCGAUCUACCAUUUGAACAAGCUCUUCAAGAUUCUCCCGCCGUCAGACCUCAUCAUCGGAGCGAUGGACGAAAAGUUCUUUCUCAACUUGUUCAAGUGGCUUACCAAGACGCCGCUCGACGACUCCACUUACAAGUCUAUCAUUAUCAUCGGGUUCAAGGUGCUCGACGGGCAAUUACACCCACAGCCCACAAAUAUCUCCAAGCUGCAACCGCUCAAUGCCAUGUUGACCGCCAUCAUCCACACACCCAACUUCUUCCAGCCGUUGAACAACAAGUUGUUCAGUCAGGAUCACCGUAUGGUAGGCGCGCUCAUUGACUUCCUCCGUUUGUGCCUCCUCCGCGCGGUCGAUCAUCUGUCCACCAUGUUGAUCAAGGUGUACUCGGACAUGACGGCGGCGGGCGUGUGGGCCACGUUGUCAGAGCUCGUCGAGGAUAGUGACAAGCUGACCGAGCUUCACCACCAGCUCAACAACCUCAAGAUCGUGUUGGAAAAGACGAUGCGCAUCUUCGACAAGAUCCGUUUGGACUACGACAACGACAUCCACCGCCUCAUCCUCAAAGACUGCCUCGAGGUGCUCAAGGAGGCGUGGGGCUCGUCCGCCGACGGGCCCACCAAGAAGGACUACGUCAACUCCGGCUUCACCGAAAAGCCCCACGAGUACAUCCUUGCCAACUACACGGUGCUAAACGUGUUGGACCUUACGCAGUUCUUCCAACACUCGGACAAGACGUUCCGCAAGAUUUUCUCCGAGACGCUCUUGUUCAACAAUGACGAUUCGCACUUUCCUCUCGCACAAGCCAUCGUCGAGAUCUCCUCCUUGAUGUUGUCCAUCUUUGACAAGAACGGCCUGGGCGACAACCUCCUUGCGUGUGCGUCGCUGAUCACCAACUCGUACCGCCCGCGCUUCCACAACUUCCACGAAUUUGUCUUUUCCAAGCUGUCCAUCUACCACUACGCGCUCACCCAGACAUUGACUUUGUACAACAUUUCCAAGGCCACCGCCCUGGACUUGCGCACCAUUGUGUCGCUCAUCACGAUUCUUUACGAGUACUGUGACGAGACCAUCCUCGCGCGCGGGGGUCAGCUCUUCGUGGUUGACGAGCUCAAGCUCUUAAACGACAUCACCUACGACGAGUUGCGCAAGAUCCAGUUGGCUAAGUUCAAGAAACACAAGUUUGACUUGUGGAGCGGCGAGUUGGGCCAGUUCAACGAAAAGUUGUCUUCUGAGGUGUUUGACUUUGUCAGAGAGCAGCGUGUGUUGCAGUUAUUGAAGGGCAGUUGGGUGUUUGUUUCAAAUCCGUUGGCUAAAGCAGCGCCGCCCGCAUCCUCCAGCACCAUAGCCAGCUCGGUGACUGCCAGCGCGGCCUCCAAGAAGGCCCUGUACUACUACAUUGCCCUCUCGCCAGACCGUAAGCUCCUCUACUACAAGACCUACGACUUUAAAACCUCUAAUAAGCCGUCGCUUGACCUCAACACCCCCGGGGUCAAGGCCAUCGAGUUGAAGAACGUGUACAACGUCAAGACCCGUAAGAUCGAACAGGAGUCUGGCGUGCCAAUGGCCUCACCUCACUUGAUCAACAUUAUCAGUCGGACGUCCUACGAGUUGAUCAGCUUGUGGGGUCGUACAGCAACGGUGGCAUCUUCUGGGGCUUCGGUGAUGACCACGGGUACGGCUGGCUCCGGUGUCAAGCAGGAGAAGUUGUUGUUUGAGUUCUACGUUGACACAAAAGAGUCUUCUUUUGUGUGGGUGGAUGGCUUGCGGGUGUUGUGCACGGCCGGUGGCGUCACUGCCGGUGGUCACAGCUCCACCGCCGCCUCCACCGCCAACUCCGUGCGCAACUCUGUCAUUGCAGGUAUCAGCACCUACUCCGUGCCCGACACCGCCAACGAGUUAUCGGAAGACACCGCCAACCAGAUCUCCAUGUUGGAGGACUUGCGCAAGAACAUCCAGUUAUUGCAGUUGAAUGACGACGAUUUACCUGAGAGCGUGAGCGCCAAGCCGUUGGAUGACGAUGUAUACGACUUGGACGAGUUGAUGGCCUUGCAGAAGGCGGGGUAUUUCUACAACAAAUACCAGUCCUUACUACUACACAUGGACUUUAGCAUCUUUACAAAUGGCACGGUGCCUCAGAGCGAUGCCCAGUGCGAGCUUCUAGGCCCUACAUCCCUCAUCAUCCAAUCGCUUAUGGCGGUUGCCUCCCUCUCCACUUUGGUCAUCAAACGCCAAUACGAGACGCCCCGAAGGCCAUGGCUUAUCUGGUGGUUUGAUAUCCUGAAACAGUUGUGUGGGUCCUGCUUGGUCCAUUUUGUGAAUCUCUUUGGCAGCGUUUUCCACGACCCAGACACCCCUAUAUCUGUAAGACUGGUUCUCUUUGAAGGGCGAAAGAAAAAGUCCCGGGGAAAACCGGUUUCAGGUCCGGUUGCCGGGGAUGAUGAUCCCUGUGAUUGGUACUUUCUCAACACACUCUUUGACACAACGGUGGGGGUGUUUGUUCUCUACCAAACAUUGAAGCUCAUCUACUAUCUCUUAUACCGGUAUCUACCGCAAGAGCAGCACGCGUCCAUAACCUCGGGACAGUACGGCUCUCCCAAGCCGAGGUUCUCGUGGUACAUGAAACAGUUGUCUGUCUACUGCUCCGCGGUGCUCAUGACCAAGUUCAGCAUUUUCAGCAUGUUGCUUGUGUUUCCCGGGUUGAUCGAGUUCUUUCUGCUCUGGUGCUUAUGGUGGCUAGACGGGCUUUCAGGCGAUGUGCGUGUGUUCUUUGUGAUCUUGGUAUUUCCUAUGAUCAUGAACGGUAUAGGAUACAUCAUUGUGGACAACAUGAUUUCCAGCAAGUUUUAUCCAGAGGAGGAUGAGGAGCGCCGUGACGGAACCGCUAGAGAGACCCGUGCGUUGCUAAGAGAUAAGAGCAGGUCAGCGCUGACAACUGUGUAUGGGUCCGUGUCUCCAAAUUGGAGUGGGGAGGGAGAUACUUUUACAAGCAAUUUAUGA